AUGUAAUUAAACGAUUAUAAAAUCAACCGUAAACUUUUAAAGUUUACUAACAAUAUAAAUUUCAUUGGAAAAAACAAAUACCUUUCAAGAGAAUCAAGUGCUAAUAAGAUGGAGUAAUCAUUAUAUAAGUCUCUUUCAUCGAGUUAAUUAUUAAGCAAAUCCCAUAGAGACAACAAUCAUGCGAAAAGUAAAAUACAAGAAAUAUCUACAAUUGGCAGUAUUUACAGCAAGGAUUCAGCAUAUUUUAACAGUUUAUCAAAUGAACAAUUAAAUAUUCCUCCUAUCCGAUCCUUAAACAAAGAUGAUGGUGAUAAAUUAAUUGCAAAUCUUAACAAACAAAUAAAGCAACAAAAUCUUUAAAUAUCUAAAUUAAAAUAGCAAAUCAUUACUUAAUCUUCAGAUCUUGAUAAUAUGUCUAAAUUAAAUGAAUAAUUUUUAGAAAAGCAAUAAUCUUAUGAAGAAAUUACAUAAAGUUAUCAUUCCUCUAAUUAAAAAAGUAUUAAAACUUACUAAAUUUAGUAUUAUAACUGGCGUAAAUUAGAGAGAUAUAGCCUUGCACUAAUAAUUAUUUAGAGAUCUUAACACAAAUAUAUACAGAUGAUUAUUAACUCUAAGUUGCAACAUAAUGGAGAAAUCAAAAAUUAAAGCUCCAUUUUCUUAGAAAAUGGUUAACAGCUACAAAGGCUUUAAAAUAAAUUGACAUCUUAGCUAAAAAAUUAGAAAAAAAUAAGUUGUAUUAAUAUUAUUAUCAUUGGAAACGAUUUUUAAUAUUGA